AUGUUAUAUGACUGGUCAUUAGCUAGCGCGAAUACACCAUUUGCUAUUCAAAUUGAAUUUACUAAUGAUUUGGCAACUAGGGCAUAUCAAUGGUUACAAAAACUUGAUCGAACAAAAGUAUUACACUUAGGUGCAGCUAGUUAUGUUGUACCUUCUUCUGAGCCAAAAAUGGAUACAUCAUUAUGGGUACAAUAUUAUCAUAGCAUGUCUUGGAAUUCGUACGGUGAAUUUAUCGACUGGUUAAACUCUGUGCGUUUAGUUGAUUUUUCUAGUUUAACUCCACCAUUAUUUUGCUCAUGUAAAUAUGGCCUUAAAGAAUACUCUUGCAUUCAUUCAUUGGGCUUAAUAAUGAUGUGGGAUCAUCGUAAAGUUCCACAGGCACUUGGGAUAAGAAGGGGAAAAGGUCGUCCAAAGAAAGUUAAAUUAGCUUUAACAAAAGAUUGA